UUGUUUCGUUUUGCGUUUCUCUUUCAUACUCUUUUCUCUUUUCGCUCUGCAAGUCUUUCGUUUUCUUUCUUUUCUAUUUUUUAAUUCCAAUGGCAAAGUCCUAGGGAUAUAGUAAGUUAAGCAUGCAGAGAACAAGAUAGCAUUUGCCCAUACUAGGGUUCCCAUUUUAUUCAAUAUGAACCUGCAGCUGAUUGUGAAGCCUAUUUGUUGAGUUCGGCAGACCUAGGUAGAGGGAAAACCUUUUAAGAGGGAGCAAAGAGAAAGGUUUAGCCUAAGAAAAAGAGAAAGAGAGAGGGAUAGAGAACGAAGAGCUAAGCAGUUAACAACAAUUUUACAGGCUUUUGCUUGCUUGCUUUCUUUCUCUUUCUUUCUCUCCACAAACAAAAUUUCUUCUUUCUGGAGGGGGAGUGUUGGAGACAUUUGGUUUUAAUCCUUCUGUCUCCUGUGCCUCUCUAGCUUUUUCUCCUUUUUCCUUUUAUUGUUUCCUGUCCAAAGUCCAAACCCACCUCAUAUAUUACAUACAUAUUUUGAUGAACACCUUUGUUUGGAAUUUGUAAAUUUGUAGAUAAGAAGAAGAAGAAGAAGAAGAAGCAAAUCUGAGGAGGUGGGAUAAUAUACAUAAAGAGAAAUAGAAGAGUUAUUUUGAUGAGUUUUGGAGGUUUUCUCGAUAAUAGUUCUGGUGGCAAUAUACCAUAUAGUAACAACAUGCCCACCAGUGCACUGGCUCAGCCUCGCCUUGUAAAUUCUCCUAUCACCAAAUCCUCCAUGUUCAACUCUCCAGGCCUCUCUCUCGCUCUUCAGCAACCGAAUAUAGAUAAUCAAGGUGAUUCGGGAAGAAUGGGUGACCAUUUUGAGAUAGGUGUCGGCCGAAGGAGCAGAGAAGAUGAGCGUGAAAGUAGAUCUGGAAGCGAUAACAUAGAUGGUGGUUCUGGUGAUGAUCAAGACGCUGCCGACAAUCCUCCAAGAAAGAAGAGAUAUCACCGACACACUCCUCAGCAAAUACAAGAACUUGAAGCUCUGUUCAAGGAGUGUCCUCAUCCCGAUGAGAAACAAAGACUGGAGCUUAGUAAAAGGCUUUGUUUGGAGACUAGGCAAGUCAAGUUCUGGUUUCAAAAUCGCCGUACUCAGAUGAAGACUCAAUUGGAACGUCAUGAAAACUCGUUGCUUAGGCAAGAGAACGACAAGCUUCGAGCUGAAAACAUGUCCAUUAGAGAUGCAAUGAGAAAUCCAAUUUGCACCAACUGUGGUGGUCCUGCAAUAAUCGGUGACAUAUCUCUAGAAGAACAACACUUGAGGAUCGAGAAUGCUCGUUUAAAGGACGAGUUGGAUCGAGUUUGUGCACUUGCAGGCAAAUUUUUGGGGCGUCCCAUAUCUUCGCUGUCUACUUCAAUUGCUCCUGGCAUGCCAAACUCGAGUUUAGAACUUGGAGUCGGCAGCAAUGGUUUUGGCGGAUUAAGCACCGUGACCACAACAUUGCCAUUAGGGCCUGAUUUUGGAGGUGGGAUUUCAAGUGCCUUGCCAGUGAUGCCUCCAAACAGAUCCGCUACUGUAGUAACAGGUUUUGAUAGAUCGAUUGAGAGAUCAAUGUUUUUAGAGCUUGCUUUGGCUGCUAUGGAUGAAUUGAUUAAGAUGGCACAAACUGAUGAGCCGCUUUGGAUGAGAAGCCUAGAAGGGGGAAGAGUAGUAUUAAAUCAGGAGGAAUACGUGAGAACUUUCACUCCUUGCAUUGGCUUGAAACCUAAUGGUUUUGUCAGUGAAUCAUCCAGGGAGACUGGCAUGGUAAUCAUUAACAGCUUGGCACUAGUGGAGACUUUGAUGGACCCAAACCGAUGGGCGGAGAUGUUUCCUUGUAUGAUUGCCAGAACCUCUACUACUGAUGUAAUUUCUAGUGGUAUGGCAGGAACUAGAAAUGGUGCACUUCAGUUGAUGCAUGCUGAGCUUCAAGUUCUAUCUCCUUUGGUUCCGGUUCGGGAGGUGAAUUUCCUCCGAUUUUGCAAGCAGCACGCAGAAGGUGUAUGGGCUGUGGUUGAUGUAUCAAUUGACUCCAUCCGAGAGUCUUCUGGUGCUUCCCCAUUUCUGAACUGCAGGAGGCUUCCCUCUGGUUGUGUUGUACAAGAUAUGCCCAAUGGCUACUCCAAGGUGACAUGGGUUGAGCAUGCUGAAUAUGAUGAGAACCAAGUUCAUCAUCUUUACAAAUCCUUGAUAAGUUCAGGCAUGGGGUUCGGUGCUCAACGGUGGGUUGCUACCCUUCAAAGGCAAUGCGAAUGCCUCGCAAUUCUCAUGUCCUCCACCGUCUCCACCAGGGAUCACACAGCAGCGAUAACUGCAAGUGGUCGACGAAGCAUGCUGAAGCUAGCCCAGAGAAUGACUCAGAAUUUUUGUGCUGGAGUUUGUGCUUCAACUGUGCAUAAAUGGAACAAGCUUAAUGCUGGUAAUGUGGAUGAAGAUGUCAGAGUUAUGACUAGAAAGAGCGUCGAUGAUCCAGGUGAGCCACCGGGCAUUGUUUUAAGCGCUGCAACUUCCGUCUGGCUGCCUGUCUCUCCUCAGAGACUCUUUGAUUUUCUACGCGAUGAACGGCUUAGAAGUGAGUGGGACAUACUCUCCAAUGGCGGGCCCAUGCAGGAAAUGGCCCAUAUAGCCAAGGGACAAGACCACGGCAACUGCGUCUCCCUCCUUCGAGCUAGCGCUAUGAAUGCGAACCAGAGCAGUAUGUUGAUUCUGCAGGAGACAUGCAUAGACGCGGCUGGGUCACUUGUGGUCUACGCACCGGUCGACAUACCGGCCAUGCACGUUGUGAUGAACGGUGGUGAUUCAGCUUACGUGGCUCUUCUUCCUUCUGGGUUUGCCAUUGUUCCGGAUGGUCCAGGUUCACGCGGAGGGUCCAUGGGUAAUGGACCCACAAACGGAAACAAUGGCGGUGGCGGUGGAUCACCAAGAGUGAGUGGGUCAUUAUUAACAGUGGCUUUCCAGAUCUUGGUGAACAGUCUUCCUACAGCUAAGCUAACUGUAGAGUCGGUGGAGACUGUGAACAAUCUAAUCUCUUGCACUGUUCAGAAGAUCAAGGCUGCUCUUCAAUGUGAAAGCUAGCUUGUUGAUGUCACUUAGUUAGGUUAAGUUGUUAACAUGUGUGACGAAGAGAGCUUGGGUGUGUGUACGUAUGUGUGUGUGUGUGUGUGUGUGUGUGUGUGUGUGUGUGUGUGUGUAUGUGUGCCUGUCUGUGAUGAGGGGGGGUGUUGAGUCAAGAACGAACCUCGCGCAGACAACGCCUUGCAUGGUGGUAAGGAUAGGCGUAGGAACGACCGACAAGUCGGAAAUGCUCUGUUCGUAACACAAGGCAAGGGUGGUGGUUCGGGUAUUGACUCAGGUUUACCCUGAGUUGGCUCAAGUCGGUAGAAAAAGAUUUCCCGUUUUAAACAGUGUUUACUGAUAUUUAAUUUAAUUUAAUCGUUAUUUUUGGAGGCGUUUUAUAUUUUUGUUUGACAUUUGUAAUGGAAUUUAUUGAAAUAAUCAUGUCUGAAUGGCUAUUUUACUA